AUGUCAUCGGGCAUUUUCCCGAUCAACAGCGAUGGAAACAAAGGCAGCUACCGUGAAUUGAUCGUGUCUUCCAUAAAAAAGAAAUCGACUGUGUAUGCCAUUGUCGCCCUAUCGCUACUGAAUAUUGCACUCCUCACAAACACACUUCAUCGGGCCCAAAACUCGGUACAAAGAGUGUCAACGGGGCAUCCGACAUUAUCUCCUAGACCACCAAAUGUCCGUGCGAAUGCGACGGAGUUCAUUAAACCACAGAAUGUUGUCAUCAGCGGCCUUGUGUUCUACGGUCGUCCUGAUCGUGUCCAGUCCAUGCGCUGCUACGUUGAUGUAUGUCAUUUCCUCGCCGCUAAGAUACUGGGAACAAAGGAGGUUGGGACCGGAUGGAGAUUGAAGGAGGGUGAUGAUAUUCUGAAAGUUAUGCUGACCACAAGGUUACUCAUACAGCGAAACUUAGUCAACAAUGAUGGCUGGUUGGAUGAAGUUUUAUGGGUCGUUAAUACCGAGAACAAGGAUGACUUGAAGUACCUCGACGAAGUCCUGGCCAGCUCUCCACGAUAUAAAAAGCUUGACCUUGGAAAAAAGGUCCGGGGACCAGAAUUCAGGCAGAUAUGGAAGCAUUUGGAAAGGGGGAAGAUAUACGUGAAAAUAGAUGAUGAUGUGGUUUGGCUAGCGGAUGACGCCAUUCCUCGAAUUGUUGACCGGAAAUUAAGGCACCCCAAUGAUUUCGCUGUAUCUGCAAACAUAAUCAACAACCCUCCGUUGAGCUUCAUUCAUUACCAUGUUGGUGCCCUCCACCCUUACUUCCCUGAACUAGAAGGUGGCAAACUAUCGGCAAAAGUCAGCAAUAAUACGUCAUGGAAACCAUCCGAGCAUCCAGAUUGGGAAGGGCCAGAUAAUUUCGAAUGGGCCCUUGAUGCUCUUCCUCCCGCAAAAGGUCAUCGAUGGCUGCGUGUCAAAGAUGACAAGGCCAUUGUCCGCACGCCGGUGACUCACUUGAAAUAUGAAAUGUGGGGCGAUACGUAUACAAGCUGGGCAAUCGCCGCCCAGCAGCAUUAUUCAUUUUUAGAAAAUCUGGAGAAGGAUCGGCUUGACCUGUACAAAUUCAAUCUUCCAUGGAAUAUGGAUAAUGAGCGCAUCAGAAUUAACCUCCUCGCUAUUUGGUCGGAUGAUAUACUUGACAGCAACAUAGAUAGCUGGCCUAAGGAGCGCAGUGACGAGGAGAUGGUUGUUAUGGAGCUUCCUAAGAUGUAUAGCCGACCUGUUCAAAUCGUGGGAGAAGCUCUCGCCGCCCAUUUUAACUUCCAGCAUCAACCCGGAGUGGCAGAAACAGAUCUGUUGAGUCGAUACAGUUCUCUCGCCAGGGAACGUUCAUGUCUUCAGAAAUCAACACCGGAGUCUUAA